GCUCCCCCACGUGGUCGGCGGGCCGGUGCCUUCCCCGAGCCGCCGGGGCUCGGGGCAGAGCGGCGCGGCGCGGCGCGGGCGGGCCCCGUCCGCCGUCCCCUCCCCAUGACUGCAGCACGGGCGGCGGGUCCCGCGUGAGCAGGAUGCGGCGGGGCGGCCCGGCCGCGCUCUGCCUGCUGGCGCUGGGCUGCCUGGCGCUGGGGCUCUGGCCGCGCCGGGCCCCCGGGGCCCCGGCCUGGGAGCGCGGCAGCGCCCAGAAAACUUUCCGCGCGCUGCUGGCCGUGCCGGAGCCGGGGCCGAGGCCGGGGCGGGAGCCGGAGCCGGGGCGGGAGCCGUCGCCGUCGCCGUCGCCGGUGCAGGGCGGCAUCUACUGGAGCCGCGCGCUGGAGGCGCAGGUGCCCCGCGGCUUCGAGCCGGCCGAGGCGGCGGCUUGGCUGGCGGCGGCCCGCGGGGCGCGGGUGGCCGGGCUGGAGCGGGGCGGCUGCGGCCGCAGCUCCAACCGGCUGGCGCGGCUGUCGGACGGGAGCCGCGCCUGCGUGCGCUACGGCAUCAACCCGGAGCAGAUCCAGGGCGAGGCGCUGUGCUACCAGCUGGCCGCGCUGCUGGGCAUGCAGCGGCGCCUGCCGCCCACCGCCCUGUCGCUGCUGGCGGCCCGCGGCGGGCAGUGGGAGCUGGUGCGCGACGAGCUGCGGGGCUCGCACUGGGCCGAGGGCGCCGUGGUCAGCCUCACGCGCUGGGUGGACAACCUCACCGACGUGGUGGCCCCCGCGCCCUGGCUGCGCGCCGAGCUGCGGCCCUUGGCGGCCGGCGAGCUGGGCGGCCUGAGCCAGCCCCAGCUGGUGGAGCUGGUGCAGUGGAGCGACCUGAUCCUCUUCGACUACCUGACAGCCAACUUCGACCGCCUGGUCAGCAACCUCUUCAGCCUGCAGUGGGACGCCCGCGUCAUGCAGCGGGCCACCAGCAACCUGCACCGGGCGCCCGACGGGGGCCUGGUCUUCAUCGACCACGAGGCCGGGCUGGGCCACGGCUACCGGCUCCUGGCCGUCUGGGACAAGUACAAUGAGCCCUUGCUGCGCUCCGUGUGCGUCUUCAGGGAGGCCACGGCCCGGCGGGUGGCGGAGCUGCAUCGCCUGCAGAACGCCGCCGCCGAGCUGCUCCGGCUCUACCGGACUCGGGAGCCCCUCUCAGCCCAGCUGGGCUUCCUGUCCGAGCAGCAGGCCAGGCUGCUGCAGAGCAGGAUAGACUUUGUCCACAAGCACAUUUUGCACUGCAAAGCCAAGGCCGCGGCGGCACUGUGAUGAGUUUCUCUCUUGGACCCCCUCCCCGCAACCCCCCGCCACUAACCUCCCCUCCCCACCCCUGUAUUUAUGUAACCCAAGGGUGAGGAGCGGGCUUUCUCCCUUCCCUCUGGCCUUUGUUUGAAGCAGCAACGAGGUCUGGGAGUCUCUGAACACGAGACGGAAAUGUUCACUCGGGAUCCUGUUUCCUCGUAGGGGAGAGGCACGGGCUUAGUCUGGUCGAGCACGGGGCUGGGAUCUAGGAGUGCCCAAGCUCUUAUCCUGGGGCUCCAGGUCCAGAGAGUUGGGCACCCUCGGUUCCCAUUGACGUCUGAGGAGAGCUGCUGGAGCCUGGUAACCUUUCCAAAUUCAGCCAGUUGACGUGGUUGCUUUCGGGACCAAUCUUGGGAGAUGCUAGGGUCCCCUCUGCUCUCUUUUGGAGCUCAAAGGGAGUUAAACGGACUUUGCAGAAUGCCUCUUCAUCAGUAGGGUUGGACCCUCUUCUGUGGCUUUUAGUGCCUCAAUUUGCUUGGAAUACGUUGGCCUUCUGGCUCCAAUUCUGCUACAUAAGGAGCCACUUCUCUGCAUGGACGUUGUUGCUGGCCUACAGGAACGGACCCUUUCUUCUUGUUGCAUCCAGAGAGGAUGGCUCAUACUUGGCUACCUGCCUCCCAGGGCUUUUGUGGGAAGUAUUUAGCAAAUGUUUGUAAAGACCUCUGAAGGUGAAAAGUGUUAUCAGUGUCACUGUAUCUUUUUGUAUUAGUUCCACAUUGGGUCUCUCUUUCCAGAAUUUGAAGGGGGAAAAAAAAUCAUCUUUAAGUAUUUCCCUUAACAGUUUGCUCAGUAAAAUUAUUCUCUUAAGAAAAAAAAAAAACUGAAAAAGCAAUUGUCUUUAUCUGCUUCAGGAUCAACUACCUUUUUCUUUCAAUGGAGGCAGGCAGUUACGCUGAUGUAUUCUAUUUAAAAAAGUAAUUGACAUUCAUAGACCAAGAACUUAUUGCACAGUAGGGAAGCCCUUGACUUGCAAAACUGCCCUAUCCAUGGAAGUUCUCUUCCUAUGGAUAUUCCUAGCCAGACUGGACCUACUAACCAUUUAUUAACCUUUUUGAUGACCAUGUAUAAGCAAGCCCAUAUUCCAGUAGUUCUUCACCUCUGUUAGUGGAAGCAUCUGGUAAACUAUUUCAGUUUAUAAGUAUUGUCCUGUUGUUUGUAAUCUCUGUCAUUUGGUCUGAACACUAAAAUAACUGACUAAUGGGUGACAAAAGAGAACUUCCCAGGUUUUAAAAUAGUAUCAGUGUACUAAGAGCUUGACGUAAGAGACAAACUGGAAAAAAAAAUCAGUUUCAUGCACUUUACUUUGACUUUUUUAUUUUUUAUAAAAAGACCUUUUUAUUUUACAAAGUCUGUCUUCUUUGUACAUUAUAUAUGGUCAUAAGCUCUUCUGUAACAUACUAAAGAAACUGAUAUUUCAGUAAAGUGUGUUUAAUGUUUUA